AUGGCAAGCACUCGAUCCUUUGAAUCCUUGGUGGCAGCAUGCCACAAGGCUAGACGCUGGGAAGAGGUCCUGACUUUAUUCCGGCACAUGAAGUUGAGCCGCCUUCCUGCCGGCAUGGCGGUCCUGAAUUCAGCAGUCAGUGCAUGUGAGACCGGGGCCCAGUGGCAAGUGGCCAUUCAGCUCCUGACAGAGGGUGAGAUGGUGGACGCAAUCACCUGGAAUUCUGCCCUGGCCUCUCUCAGCGCAGGCCACCAGUGGCAGCGUGCACUGGACCUUUUUGUCGCACCCACGAGCUUCUGGCGUGCCGCCGCGCCCGUGGCCCCCUCCAACGCAACCUUGGGCACUGCCUGGGGCACUUUAGCCGUGGCGGCAGAGCGGGCCACACGCUGGACAAUCGCUGUCGAGAUGUUUCGCUGCAGCCUCGAGGCGGUCCGGGAUGUGCCGCACGUCGCCUGCAGCGCGGCCGUGGCGUCCUGUGGAAGAGCUGCCCAGUGGGAGAUCGCCCUGCGGAUGCUAGCCACGCUACAGUGUCGGAAGAUGCAGAUCGCUACUCCAGCCUGCAAUGCAGCAAUUUCCGCCUGUGAGAGGAGCUACCGCUGGCCUCUCAGCCUUGCGUUGUUCAGGGAGCUGCGUGAAGCUUCUGAUGCAGAUCUCAUCAGCUGGAACUCCACCCUCAGCGCGCUGGAGAAAGGUUCCCAAUGGCACCGAUGUUUGACCCUGUUCUCGGAGAUGCGUGCCCAGGCGGAUAUCGUUGCCUGCAAUGCGGCAGUCACGGCCUGCAUGAGAGGGGAAGCCUGGGAGCUGGCGCUCGCCUUGCUGAAGGCGGCCGAGCAGCAGCAUCUUCCAAUCUCCAAGGUGACCUUCAAUGCUACGAUUGCAGCCGUCUCGCGCGGCACUCGCUGGGAGGAGUGUCUGCGGCUGGCAGCAACCAUGCGAGGUUACUUUCAUCGUCCGGACUUCAUCACUUUCAAUGCCUUGGCUGCAGGUCUCUGGAGGAAGUGGGAGCUUGGCCUUCACUUGCUCUCAGAGCCGAACCUGAUGCCCUCUUUGACGGGUCUGCGGCUGAUAGCGGAGUCCUGCUACAGGGCAGGGUCACCAAUGCGGUCGCUGGUGUCCUUGGCCACGCUGUUGCGCCGAGAGGUGUCCAGGCGUCUCCGACAUCCAAUCGCUCAGGGCCAAAGCUUCCAUCGCUCGGUGGAGGAGACGCAUCCGAUUGUGCCGGCGCUGGAGAUCUUCUCCGGGCUAGAUGGUGGCAUGGUACCUUCUGAGUGGCAUCACCUCUCCCGGCGAGAGCUCAGGCCGCUCCUCACAGCUGGGCAAGCGCUGCGCCGGGAGUUUUCAGAAUCAGCGGACGUUCCGGCAGUCAAGCUUGAUGUGGACAGGUCUGCCGUGCAUCGGGACUUCGCUUUCUUCGAGAACAGCUUGCCUGCCGAGGAGACGCUACCUUCCUUGGCGAGUCCACGCCCAGGAAGCCGUCCUGGCACCGGAGCGGAGUCGCGGCAGAGCGCCCGGAAUCGGGAGGCCCGGCUAAAGCUGCUGGAUGCCCAGCUAGAGAAGGAGCUGGAGGAAAAUCACGACGAGACCUUCGUGGCAGUUGCCCAGCGUGAGCAGCUCAAGCAGGAGUAUUGGCAGAAGUACAACGAGGCGGGCAGUGCCAAGAAGACCUUGAGCGAGUUUGAGGAGUGGCAGAGGCUGCUCCACGGCGGGAAAGCAGAGGUCUCGACGACGGCUCCAUCCGAAGUGGAGGACCUGGCCACAAGCCGGAUCUCCGGCCUGGAGCAGUCAGACUGGCGGAUCUCCCACCUCGGCUUCACCAGGCGGUCCGAACACGAGGAGUACGUCUCGGACUACUAUCGCCGAUGCCGGGAGAGGCACUACAUACCUCUCGGCCCGCGUGGAAGCACCCCGAGACAGGCCAAGGGACAUGCGCAUCCCGUUGUGGACCCAGUGGCGGUUGAGCCAGGCGUGUUGGACUUCGGAGGUUGGAGUCUCGGUUCCGACCGGCUGGACAUGCUUUGCCAGGCUCCUGGUGCGCUCGACCAUUGUACACGCUGCAACCUUUCUGAGAACCGCAUCGAGGACAGAUCUGUGCCCAUCAUCUGCGAGAAGCUCUUGCCCAGAGCACAGGCAUUGAACCUCUCCCACAAUCUUAUCGGCGUGGCCGGCAUGCGCCACUUCGAGACGGUCCUUCGAAAGAGUGGGUCCAACACGCCUUUGAUGGAAUUGAAUCUCCAGGGCAAUCGCCUGGGCACUCCAUUCGGGCCAAACGUUGCAGCAGCCGACGCGUACGAGCGCGACCUGUGCAACUUCAUUGAUGCGCUGAGCCGGGCGAAGGAGCUACGGGCCUUGAGCCUCGCGCAGAACCAGUUGGGCAGAGUCAACCACGAGCUUGGCCAGGCUCUCGGGCAGAUGGUCGGUGGGCUGACGAACCUAAGAGUUCUCGACCUCCACUGGAACAGCUUCCACGGCCUCGGCGCGUACAAGCUACUCGAGGGCAUCGUGGACAACCGCGUCAACGGCGGCAAGCUCUCCCGGCUGGACUUAAGCUGGAAUCGUCUUGGUAUGGCCAAAGCGAAGAAGCUCGGGAACCCGGCCAAGAUGCUUGCCGAUGUGCUCGCCAACAACGACCAGCUUUUCCACCUCGACAUCUCCUACAACUCCAUUGGUGUCGAGGACUGCGCGACGAUCGCUUCGGGGCUUCGGUUCAACUCCACGCUCUUCGGCUUCCAUGUCGCUGGGAACGAGGCAUUUGUGGACGAGCUCGGCUUUCUGGUGCCGCUGUCAGAUCCCUACCGCAUGCGCUUGAACGGGAUCAACCUGAAGGACUUGCAGGCUGACCUGCAGGAGGGCCUGCCAUCAGCCCACCAGGAAGAAGAAGGGACCUGGACUGCCGAGGAGGUCACCGCGCAGCUCUUUGGGCGAGAAGUGCAGCAUCCGAGCUUUCCGGUGAACGAAGCCGGAGGAACGCGGAUCUGCUGGGAUGGCCGGCGGGGCCUUCCGCAUCCCCCGCCAGCGCCUCCCUCGGAGCCCCGGGGCCGGCUGAGGAGGCCACGGAAGUAUGCCCUCGACAAGCACAGGCAGGCGGCUGGUGCCAGCAACAGCUCAUCAACUCCCUGGGAGGAAUGGGAGGACAACCACUUCAGCAUGCCACUGGCAAAGUCCUUCGAAGCGAGCAACCUCGAAACCAUUUCCUUCCGUGCGGAAAGAUGCUGGAUCUGUGACAGGUUCCAGCCCAUCAGGCUCACCUGGACUCCGGCAGUCUCCGGCAGGCUCGAAGAGGACGAGGUUCACUCGGUGCACGCCUAUGUCAGUACGGAUGAUUUCCUGCGCCCCACCGUCUUACGCAGGGUAGGUUCCGAGCAGGCAUCACUUCGCUUCUUGGCCUACCGUAUGGUGCCCAAGGUGAAGGAGACCCUGCUGGUCGUCUUCCGGGUGAAUGGCGUGCUGGAGGUGGCGAAUGACAUGCCGGUUCGCUUCUUGCCUUGCCCUGUGAAGGUCUCCAAGGUGAGCGAGGUGGAACUUGCCGCCUUUGCACCCGGCAGUCCAGGGGCAGGCGAGACACCUGCCGACGAGGCGACCAUCCCGGAGACUGAGAAGACAGAGACCCUUUGGGCCAAUGAGAUGGUCUCCAAGGACCUUCGAGGCUUUCCACUCGUCGUGACCGAGGACACCGUGGCAGAGGGCAAGCUCGAGGUCUACCCCCGCACGGUAGACCGGGGAGAGGCGCUGGAGCUGCCAAAGUGGGAUAAGGCCCAGUCGAUUUUCGCGUCCUGGAGAGAAGCAGAUCUGCCCUUCCUGGACAAGAUGCUGAAUGCAGACAUGAAGUACUGCCGCAUCCAGAAGUUUGCCCCUGACCAGAACAGCCUGGACAUGAAGAAGGCCAUCAUGCCCUACUAUGCGAAGCUGGUGUCUGCCUACAGGCAGAUGUCCAGCUGGGCGGAGCAGCAUCAGAUCUUUGGAGCCAGCCUCCACUCUUUGCAGGUUUCGCUGGUGCGAGCCAACGUCUUCGAUCGCUACGUUCCGGUCGAGUACUUCUCCAGCAUGGCCUUUGCGGCCCACGCGGUGGAGCGGAAGUUUGUGGAGGAGAUCAAGGUGAAGAGCGACUCUUACCUCAUCAGGUACCAAUUCAUGGAGACCUUGAUGCGAUUGGCGGAGGCGAAGUUCCUCCGCACCGCCAAAGCACCGGACCUGCCGGAGGCCAUGACGAUGCUGCUGUCCGAGCAUUUGGACGAAGAGUUUUCGCCAAUCCAUCAACAAGAGCAGCAGUUUCAGGUGGAGAUCAUGACGGAGGAGGUGGACUGCGUCUUCAAGAGCAACCUGAGUGUGUUGAAUGCUGCCUUCAUGAUCUACGCCGGUUCUGUGGAGACGCCGGACGCCAUGCCCUAUGUCAAAGACCAACUCUCGAAAACCAAGAGGAAGAUCACUCUGCCGGACUUCUACGAGAUGCUGGAUGACUGCGAUGCCUACGACGAGCGCUUCUUGAGGCGGCAUGCAGCGCGCGCCUUCCAGUUAGGCGGCAUGUGGCAGAUCGACGAGGUGUCCUCAGGCCGUCACAUGCAGCUCUCUUUCGUCGAGUUCAUCAUGGCCAUCGGUGCCGUGAUCUUCCUGAGGGAGUUUUACCGACCGGAGGAGUUUGCGGACCUGCUCGAGGAGUUUCUGCUAGAUCAGCUGCAGCCUGUUGUUCUGGAGCAGAGGCCGGAGCGAAAUCGGCGCAACGUGGAGCUGCAGUUGACGCACAAAACCAUCCGCAAGGUGUGCAAGGAAGUUUUCGAAGAAGCGGACGAGGACAAUAGCAAUGCCCUCACGGUCCGAGAGUUCUCUCGAGCACUGCGCGACGGUCGGACUCGCGAGCUACUGAUGGGCAAAGACUUCAAGAUCGACGAGAUCCUGAAGGUCUUUGGCAUGCUGGAUGAGGAUGGCAGCGGUGAGCUGAACUUCAACGAGGUGCUCCACGGCCUCGGUGCACUACUGAAGGUAGAGCAAAACGAGCCACGGGUACGUGCAUUCCUGCGCAAGGAGCUGGCCAACGAAGAAGGGUCUGGGCACUUCACGGCCGUGAUGCUCAUCGAAUUCCUGAGCAAGUCCACGACGCAACGGAAGCUCCUGCGAGUCGGGGUGGACAUGAAGGAUCUCAUCGCGGUUGUCAUUGAAACCUUCGAGGUGCCGAAGGGGACACGUAACUGUGACAAGCUGGAAGCCGCCCUUCAGCAAAUGUUCGAUGAAGCAUCAUCGCAGGCGGACGUGCUCGAGGCCAAGAGGAACUUCAUGGGAACGAUCAAGUCGAUGCGCCAGGAUGAGACACUGCGUAGCGCCAGCGACUUCACCCAAAAGGUCUUGCGCCUCCGGAAGCCCAAGCCGGUGCCGCGCUGGAGGAUCCUCAUUAAGCAGAUCUUUGAGCAGGCAGACACGGACCAGAUGGGGACCCUCAGCCGGGAGGAAUUCCACGUGUCGCUGCAGUCUCCAAGCACAAAGGCUAAGCUCGAGUCGCUGGGCCUGGACUGUGACGUCAUUGAAGAUCUCUUUGACGUCUUGGAUGCCGACGGAAGCGACGACGUCACAGAGGCUGAGAUGUUGAACGGCGUGGAGCAGCUGCUGGAGAUGGCCAAGGGGUCCGGUCUGGAGCACGUCGACAUGGACGAGCUACGCGCAAGGUUGCACAAAGAGCGAGGGGAGGAUACCUGA